AUGUCUCCGGUCAACACGAUGCGAAAGCAGUCCGAGGUGUUCCUCUCCGCACUACAAGAACAGAUCGUCGCUGCAUUCUUGGAGCGGGAUCCAACCCUCGUUCCCAAGCGCGACUCAUGGACGCGCCCACAAGGCGGCGGAGGUGCUUCGUGCGUCUUGGUUGGCCCUGGCCAGGACACGGCAAUCGAAAAAGCCGGGGUGAACACUUCCACCAUCCAUAGCGUCCUAACCCCGACCGCCGCCAAACAAAUGGGCGCCACCCACCCGUCGAUCCCCCAGAGCCCGCAAUCAGAUCUUCCGUUGUACACCACCGGGAUCAGCAUCGUCGUGCAUGCCCGCAAUCCGCACGCACCCAGCGUGCACAUGCACCUGCGCUACGUCGAGGUCAUCGAACCCCCUCAGACGGACCGCACAGCAGCAGAUGGCGCAGACGAGAAAGUGCUCGCAUGGUGGUUCGGCGGCAGCAUAGAUCUCACCCCCACGUACAUAUAUGAAGAGGACGCCAGACACUUCCACACCACACUAAAAGGCGUAUGCGACGCACACGGCGGCUCCGCCCUGUACCGUCCUCUGAAGAACUGGUGCGACGAGUUCUUCUACAUCCGCCACCGGCAAGAGGCACGGGGCAUUGGCGGCAUCUUCUUCCGCGACUUGUCCGACUCAAAACAUGCCCGCCUCGACACCGACGAUGCUGUCGCCGCACUGCGCCCAAAGACACAGGAGGCCAUCUUCGCAUUUGUCAAAGAUCUGGGCCACGCGUUCUUGCCCUCGUACUUGCCCAUCCUGGAACGACGCAAGGGGAUGCCGGCUGACAGGCGCGCAGCACGGUGGCAAAGCCUCCGCAGAGGUCGGUAUGUCGAAUUCUACCUCACCGAGGCGGGCACGCAAUACGGCCUGUCAACACCAGGAGUCAGGGUUGAGAGUGUCCUCAUGGGGAUGCCGGAGAUGGCAAGAUGGGAGUAUACGAGUGAGAUGGGCACAGAGGUGGGCACAGAGGAGGAGAGAACAGUCCAAGUGCUGAGGACUCCGAGAGAUUGGGUACACAUACCUUGA